CCUCACCUUCCUCCUCCUCAACUCCACUGCUUAAAACAGGACUCCAGGCAGUGAUGAAAGGUCCCCCAAAGAAGAAACCAUCUCCAGAGAAGAGAAAGUCACACAGCCCUAGAAAACCAAUUGAUUCAUUGAGAGAUUCCCACUCUCUGAGCUACUUUCCAGUAGACUGGCGUCAGAUUUCCCCUCCUGCCCAACCACCCUCUACUCCAAGGGGUCGACGAAGUCAGUUUCAUACCCACAUUCUCUAUCCAGAGACAGGUCUAGGGAUAGGUCCUUGCAGAGAAACAGACAAAGCAUCAGCAGGUCUCCAGGACGAAAAUACCGACGCAAAUCUCCCAGUCCCCGAGCUCCUUGUCGCAGAACUUCAAGGUAAUGAGCAUGACUUGCUAGUUUUAGAAAUGCCUAACAAUUACUAAAGGUCCUAUUAAAUGUUAAAUGCAACUGACUUGCCUGUACUUAUUAUAGUUUUGUUAUUUCUGAAAUAGUGUGUUCCUACUCAUUUCCUAAAGGUAUGGUGACAUUGUGCUAGUGUCUUUAAUACUAAAAUCUCCAUCUUAUUGCCAAAUAUUUAUUUUAUUUCUUUAAA